CAGUCGCGCCGAGGGAGACAGCCGAGCGUGUUCGGGCGGAAGCCAACGGGGUCCGCUCUCGCGAGGGACCAGGGUCGAGAGAGAGAGAGAGAGAGAAAAAAAAGGGGGGGUGUUAUUUUUUUUUUGGCGGGAGGUAAAUAAAGUUUGCAGCACUGGUUCCGUUUGUUUGUUCGAGUUACAGUAGGGGGUGCGCGACCUGGUUUUUGUUUGUUGUUGUCGUCGUCGUCGGCGGAAAGAAGAUUGAAAAGAGGGGGGUGGGGAUAGGGAAAAGGGCCACAAGGCAGGUGCUUAUUAUUGUUUUAUUUCUCCCUUCCCCGGAAGGGUGGUCUCGCGAUGCAACCGUGAUGCACCGCGACGCCGACAGAUAGUCGUCACCCCGACAGCGCCGGCAUGACGCGGGGAACGAAGCUGCGGUCGCGUCGGUAGCGAGUUUCGCGGGACGCCGUCCAACCGCCUCAUGGCAGCCUACUCGCAGUUCAACUACUCCUACCCAGCGGCGUCUCAGCUGCUGGUGGGGCAGCCCGCCGCCGCAUCGCCGCCCCCGGGGACGGGCCCCGGCUCCGUGGGCUCCGGGGGCGGCGCGCCGUCGGGCGCCAUGUCUCCCGGCGGCGCCGCCUCCGCCAACAACAGCAACAACAACCCCUCGUGCUGCGAGAACGGCCGCCCCAUCAUGACGGACCCCAUGUCGGGCCAGACUGUGUGCUCGUGCCAGUACGACUCGGCGCGCCUGGCGCUGUCCUCCUACCCGCGUCUCUCGGCGCCGGGCGUCGGCGUCUACGGCGCGCCCUACCCGUCCACCGACCAGAACCCCUACCCCAGCAUCGGCGUCGACAGCUCCGCCUUCUACUCGCCGCUGGGUAACCCUUACGGCCUGAAGGACAGCGGCGGCUCUGCGGACAUGACGGCGUGGACGAGCGCUGGUCUGCAGCCCACCACGGGCUACUACCCCUACGACCCCACCCUCGCCGCCUACGGGUACGGCGCCGGCUACGACCUGGCGGCGCGGCGCAAGAACGCCACCCGGGAGUCGACGGCGACCCUCAAGGCGUGGCUCAACGAGCACAAGAAGAACCCCUACCCCACCAAGGGCGAGAAGAUCAUGCUGGCCAUCAUCACCAAGAUGACGCUGACGCAGGUGUCCACGUGGUUCGCGAACGCGCGCCGCCGCCUCAAGAAGGAGAACAAGAUGACGUGGGAGCCGAAGAACAAGACGGACGACGACGACGAGGCGGUCGUGUCUGACGGCGACGACAAGGACAAGGACGACCUGCUGAUGGGCGGCGACAAGAUCAAGGACUCCAGGAUGAGGGACGACAAAGACCCGCUGCACCACGUGAAGGCGGAGCACCACCUGGACAAGGACUGCCUGGACGACGACGAGGACCUGGACGACGACGAGCGCAAGCCGGGCGGCCUGCUCCUGGGAGGCCACCACCACCACCCCCACCACCUGCACCACCUCCCGCACCACCACCACGGCGUGUUGGGGGCGGGCCUCAAGGACGAGCUGGGCAAGCCCGGCGGCGGCGGCGAGUGCGGCGUGCCCCUCCCCGCCUCCAAGCCCAAGAUCUGGUCGCUGGCCGACACCGCAGCCUGCAAGACGCCGCCCCCGCCGCCGCCGCCUCACGCCUCCCAGCUACAGUCCUGGGGCAUGGGCGUGGGCGUCAACAGCUUCGCGCUGCCGUCGGCGGGCGUGAGCCCUUCGGCGUCGGCGGCGGCGCCGUACUCGCGGUACGGCGGCUUGCUCUCCGGACCUUGCGGCGGCGGCGGGGGCGGGGGCGGCGGGGGGGUACACGCGGCGUGCGCCGUCUCGGUGGGCGCUUCGGGCUUCCCGGAGGUGCAGACGGACACGCCGCCGCAGACGCCGCCGGGCAUGAAGCUGCCCAGCGUGGCGGGGAACAUCACCGGGGGCCAGGCGGGCUGCUUCAACGGCGGCGGCGGCGGCGGCGGCGGCUACGGCCACCACAACGGCUACGGCUACGGCUACGGCGGCCGCGCGCAGCAGUCGCCGCACAAGGACCGGACGUCGUCGUCGACGGCGGCGGCCGGGGGCGGCGAGGCCGGCUACCAGCUGCAGGGGGCGGUGCCCCAGGGGGAGGGCACCGCCUUCAAGCCCUUCUACAAGAGCUCGCAGCCAAUGGGCGGAGGGUUCGUCUCGCCGGUUUAAUGCCACGCCCACCCGCGUCGCUCGUCUCCUGGCAAAGGUGACAUACAACUGCUCAAUGGAAGAGACAGGUGAUGGCAGCUAUCGCUGAGUGUUUCACGUCCGCCUGUGUUUAGCGUGUGGUUCGUGUGUCGGCGUGGACUGUUCGUCGGAACUGGGGCAUUCUUUGCGAUACGAACAGAAGCUAUCGAAAAAAAUAAUAAUAUACACGCCUGCGCUACCCAAGAUUUGAGACACUGCGGUGAUGCCGAAGGGAUUCCGUGUUCGUUGAGUCAGCUCAGAAACUUCUAGUUCUCCGCCGUUGAAGAUGGGCGUGGCCACGUUUGUAUCGGACGAAUGGUGGCACAUCCCCGGAAAUGCCGAGAGAAGAGAGAAACGCCUCGAAUCUCCGCGUGUUAUUGUCGCUCUUGAAAAAAAAAAAAAAAAAUCUGCAACGCAUUUCACCAAUUCUGAUGAAGAAGAAAAAAAUUCGAACAAAAAAAAGUGUUUGUGCUUUAAAACGUUGUUACAUACAUAAUGAAUGAUAUACCACUAAUAACUGCAAUACAAAUCACGCAGCUCCGGGUUUUUUUUUUUUGUGCCAAAACAUCACAAUUUAUUUCAUCACUUUUCGAUCGAAAUAUAACUUUUUUUAAUUUAACUAUUCAGUAAGUCUCAAGAUUUUUGUGUGUACCUGAGAAGUACUAUUUUUUUUUCCUUUGAUUUUUAGAAGUACAGAAAACAUUUUAACCUGUGAAAGGCUCAGAUGGGCAAUGUGCAAACCAUAUUUUACAACAAAAAAAAAUGCUUUUUGCGAUAGUUAAAAAAAAAUAAGCCGUAUUUAUUUCAGAAAUUCAUUAUUGUUGUCAAUGAAACGUUUAACCUUGUGGGUUGAUCAAAUACUGAGCGCAUGAAAAAAACACAUUGGACUCAAUUUACAUAACUGGAAAUAUGAAAAGAAAUCAUACGAAAUCAUGUGUAUAGUUUCAAGUAAUAAUUGUUUUUGAUUAACAAGGAACACAGAUUAUUUGGUAAAUUUGACAUAAUAAAUAUGGUUGAUUGCCUAAAAAAAAAUAUAUAAAUGAGAGUUUAUAAAUAAUUAAUGUUUCAGGUUGUAGCCUCUCAUUGCUUUCUUAAAAAAAAACUGUUUUUCCAUAUUCUUAUUCAUAAAACUGUAAAAACAUAAGUUGUCUUAUACCAUGUGCAUUUUAUGCAAUUUGGUUAAACAAGUGAAAAACGUUAAAAAAAGUAUUCUUAAAAUUUAUGGCUGUCCCAUCCUACAAAGUUUAAAAGAGUAAAAGUAAUAGUCUCACACAGUUUGUUACUAGUAUAAUUAGUUUUAGGAUCGUUAAAAGUAAUGUCGCAAUACUACUACUCUUUACCCCAUUUUUCCAUAGCAUUAUUCACAUAAAAAUAAUAUAUAUUUUAUUAGGUCCGGUACACAAAUUGUCACAUGUAGCUAUUCACUGUAUUCUUUCCUUGAAAAUAAAAAUCCCUGAGAUUAAAAUAACUAAAAAAACUAAACUAGUUUGUUUUAGAUUUAUGGUCUCAGUUAAAAAGUGAAAUAUGUGCAAUUCCCUAUACUGGGAUAUUAAAAAAAAUCUAAUACAUACUAAGGAAUUAUGUUUAUGAUUUUAUAAGUUAGGCAGAAAGAUGAGUAUCUUAAAUGUCUGAGAACACAGUAUAUUAUAUUAGUUUAUUAUAUAAUGUUGGCAAAACUUUUAAAAAUCUAUACACCACCUCGUAUUCAGAAAAAAAAUUAAAUAUACCUAUGAUAAAAAUUCAUUCGGCCAAAGAUUACAAUAAGGCUGUGCAGAUUUUAGUUCAGUUUUUUACUAUUAAUUAUACGUUCAAUUUGGCAUUGCAUGAUUAAUAAUAAAAAAAUAAACUAUACAUAUAUUUUAAUGACCGUAUUUGCUUUGCUUUAUUAUCAGUCACGUUGCAUUUUUAUGCUGACAAAUUUUACAAAAUUUAUUUUCAAAAGUUUUGUAAUAGCAAUUUAUAGUAUUAUACUUUAAAUUAUAUUAAU